AUGCCGGACAAGCUACUUAUCACCUACCUGCUUGUGGACGCCCUGUUUCUAGGUGGUGGGGUAGUAAUGCUUACAAUUGCUUUGAUGGGCAAAGCAAAGAUUCAAUCCGAACCGACAAUCGACAAUGUUGCUGAGCGGUUACUCUUUGCUCACUGCCCACAACUAGGCGAGAUAAUAAGUGCCGGAUUGGUAUUCUUCACAUUCAUUCUUUCAAUACCUGGUAUCCUUCAGCCCGGCGACAGAGUAUGGAUAAAAAUCCACGGUUGGAUGGUCGUCAUUUCCGCCUUCACGACUCUGCUUAUUGGCCUUGUUAUUUGGUUCUUGACACUGAGAACAAGAUCAAUGUUAAACCUUGCAUGGGGAAAAGAGCCUGCACGAGUACAGAGUUUACUGCAACAACGAUUUAACUGCUGUGGAUACCACAAUAGUACUUCGCCCCCAUUCCAAGUCGAUGCAACCUGUCCAACCGACCUGGCUGCCGCACAAAAGCCAGGCUGUGUUGGCCCAUUUUCGACUUUCGCCAAUAGUUUUUUGGAUGUUAUUUUCACCACGGAUUUUGGAAUCGUUGCCGUCGAUGCCGUUUUACUUCUAUGCGUAGCUAUGGUACUAAAGGAUCGUAAGGAACGGGCGAGAUACCGGCUGAUUGACUCCAAGAAUGGCUUCGGUACGAUUUAA